AAAGUUUUCUUAUCAAAUUAACACUUCCACGGACAUUAUAUUUAUGACUCGUGAAAAUCGAAAGUGUACGCACUGUAUAAUGACAAGUCUAACGCUUCUUUAACUUUUUGUAAUCUAUAUUAUCUCAUAAACAAAAUCCCUUUAUCGAGACGAUAAUGUACAAGUGUAAAUCAACCAUGGCAGUUUUAGCCAAAAACUGCAACCACUUUUUCAAAUACAAUCCUCCAGUAGUAAUUUUUUUCUUGUGUUUAGUUAUCGUAACAUUAGUAACAGUUUCUUUCACAAUAUACAUUAAAUAUACUGAAAACAUCAUCAACAAUGACGAUAAACAGAAUUGGAUUUCUUUGAGUCGACAUUUGAAUAAGUUGAAUUUGUGCGUGAUCACCAGUGAUGGCAACGUGUUAAACGAAAACUCAAAUGAAGAAGGUAGUUUUGCAACUCUAGUGAGUUUGAAAAACGUGAAUGAAUUUAUUAAUGUCACUAAAGUGGAAAUCUACUACUAUUUAGAAGACUGGAAACCCUUGUGUGGUGGCAAUGACGAAAAUUCACCCUUCUUGGGCAUAAAUUUCGGCCUUACCCAAAAUUUCACCGAAAAUGAAAAUGGAACAAGCGUGUGUGCGUUAAUUACGGGCCCAAAACAUUUUCUGCCCCAGGAUUCUAAAAACUCAUGCGAUUUCAAUGAAGAGCAGAUCGACGACGAAAAUACAAUAACUUUUUAUUCCCAAUCAGAAUUUUGCCCCGAUAGUGAUAACGAAACCCAAAUAAAUUUGUCAUUCGAGGUCGACAACGUAGAAACAUACUUAAGCCAGAGCGAUAAAAAUGUCAUUUACAUUCACUUGCUGUGGUCUAGUUACAUUUUGUUAUUUUUUGUGGUGAUUAUGUUAAUAUAUGCCAUGUUUUAUCAAAGUCAGGAUUCAUUGAAAACUUAUCGACUCACAUAAAAACAGAUAAUAAACUAAUUUAUUACAUACACAA